AUGAACCUUACGCCAGUGCUGACUCUCCUGGGAGUCACUGUUCUGCUACCCUGUGUACCAGCUCUGAGUUGCAGAAGGGCGACAAUAGAGACUGUGCGAAAUGCCUCGGAGUUGCCCCUUGAGUGGAAGACCGGCGAGAAAACUUGUGAGGUCGGCGAGGGUUGCCAAGACCUGGUGAUGCUCCUGGAGAAUGGACCCCGAAUAAACUUGGUGAUCAUCAAGGACUGUGUUAAGGCUGAGGACCAAGAGCCCCGGGUUACCUGGCUCAGGACCGGUCCUGGCCUCUCUAUCGUCUCCUACACCCGUGUGUGUCGCCAUAGUGACUUCUGCAAUGAUGUAUCCAGCACUGAGGUUCUUGGGGACCUACCCUCACCCACAGUCCCAGGGACCCUGCGCUGUCCACUCUGCCUUUCUAAAGAUGGCUGUGAGGACACCCUCGAGCAAGUCUGCCCCAUAGGCAGUACACACUGCUACAAUGGAGUCCUCAGGCUUAGGGGAGCCCACAUCACCACCAAUCUGAGGGUGCAGGGCUGCAUGCCCCAGCCAGACUGCAACCUGCUCAAUGGCACCAAGGCAAUUGGGACCUUGGAUGUGAGUGAAAACUGCGGUCUUCAAUUGGGUCCACAGGCUCUGGACUGCAACAGUGUGGCCUUAGACACUGUACGGAAUGUAUCAGAUCUGCACCUGAGCUGGACAACUGACUGGAAAACCUGUGAGGCUGGCCAGGGGUGCCAGGAAACAUUGAUGCUAAUACAGAAUGGACAAGAAUUUCACAUGGUUCUCACUAAGGGAUGUACUAGUGAUGCAAACAGAAAGCCUGAAAUCACCAGGCAUAGAACAGGUCCCGGAAUCUCCAUCAUCACCUAUGUGCACGUGUGCCGCCACGGGGACUUCUGUAAUGACCUGUCUACAACUAGAAACCUUUGGACUCCACAUCCUGACACAGGUCCAGGGAACCUGCUCUGCCCACUCUGCCUUUCUAAGGAUGGCUGCCCACAGAAUGUCCCCGAACAGGUCUGCCCUGCAGGCAGCACACACUGCUACCAUGGAGUUCUCAGCUUCAGGGGAAGAGGGCUCAUUUCUGAUCUGAAGGUGCAGGGUUGCAUGUCCCAGCCUGGGUGCAACCUGCUCAAUGGCACCCAGAUAAUAGGACCCAUAGAUGUGCGUGAGGAUUGCGGUUUUCAAUUAGGGGCUCUGAAAUGCCAGCAUGGGACUUUGGAGAUCACCAGAGAUGUAUCACAACUGCCUCUCCAGUGGACAGCUGGCCAGACAACCUGUGAUGUUGGUGAAGGCUGCCAGGACACCCUGAUGAUGAUAGAGAAUGGAGAGCAGGUGUACUUGAGUCUCACGAAAGGCUGCACAACUACUGAGGACCAAGAGGCCAAAGUCACAGAGCACAGAACUGGCCCGGGGCUGUCUGUCACCUCCUAUACACGAGUGUGUCGACUAAGAGACCUCUGCAAUGACCUGUACACUACAGCCCCUCUCUGGGCUCCACCUCCUGCAGCAGCCCCAGGGACCCUGCUCUGCCCACUCUGCUUUUCUAAAGAUGACUGUGGGAAUCCACCCAGGCAGGUCUGCCCUGCAGGCAGCACACACUGCUAUCAUGGAGUCCUCAGGCUCAGAGGAAGGGAGAUCACCUCCAAUCUGAGGGUGCAGGGCUGCAUGUCCCAGCCAGGCUGCAGCCUGCUAAAUGGCACCCAGAAAAUUGGACCCAUGGAUGUGCGUGAAGACUGCAGUCCCCCCUCCACAGACACUGUGACGUGUUACAAAGGGACCAUGUUGAGGCUUGGUGUUGGCUUUGCUACGGAAGCUGUCCAGUGGUCUGUAUCUGCGACCCAAGUGUGUGAACCUGAGGAAACAUGUCAGGAAACACUCCUGCUUGUAGACAUAGGACCAAGAACACUCCUAAUAGGGAGCAAAGGCUGCGCCAGGGCUAGGGCAGAGGACAAAGUUGACAUCUCCAUACACUCCAGUCCGCCUGGAAUGUUGGUAGCUUCCUACUCAGUCUUCUGUUCCUCCGACCGGUGCAAUGAAGCCAGCAACAGCAGUGUCCUGCUGAGCCGCCUCCCUCGUCUGAGUAUGGCAUCUAGACAUGGAGGGACCCAGUGUGUGUGUGUGGAGUUCUUUGGAUCCUGCUUUGGGAGCACCAACUUUGUCACCUGCCCUCAGGGCACCUCUCACUGUUACCAGGGUGACAUUGUGCUUCAGGGAGGUGGGGUGUCUUCCACAGUGAGCCUUCAGGGAUGCAUGUCCUCACCUGCCAAAACCUUACUGGGUGGCUCCAAAAGCAUUGGUGUCUUCUCAGUAAAGGAACUCUCUGAGGGCACAAAGGAUCUACCCGAGGACGAAAAUGACAAAAACCCUCUGGGUGGAGGUGCUUCAGCCUCUUCCCUCACUUGGCUGUUAGGGCUGGGGAUCGUCUUAGCCCUUUGUCUGUCGAGCUUUGUCCUCUCUGCUGAACCCAUUCCCCUGUGAUUUUUAAUCCCUGUUGGCCCCCAUACCCAGCUGUCCUCUGACAUCAUAGCCUAAGACCUUUGUAUAUGAGAGUCACUGAAUUCACGAUGCACCACAGCUGACAUCCAUGUGUUGGCCACACAUGUGAAAUAAUAAAGUCACUGUUGUUUCUGCA